UUGGACCCCGGCCUUCAUUUGCGCUCAGCAGCUGGCCAGAUGUUGGGAAGCGGAGCUGCUGCUGUCGCUGACCUCGGUGCUGAACACGACGUCAGAUGAACCUGCGCUCACCACAGGAGACACGAUCCAGCCUCACUCCCUCUUUGAUUUAUUGAAGCUACUCCAAACAGCCACUUCUGAUUUCUGAACUUUGACUUGUUCUCGUUUUUUAAAAUUCCUUCCAUUCGUUAUCUCGUCUUUUCUCGUCGUGAACGCAGAUCCGUUACGACGCUGGCUGUCAAUUUCCCCCUCGUUUUUUUUUCUCCCCCCGUCGUGAUGGCACUCGGCGCGGCUACUGUACAUCAGGCAGGAGAUGAGCUGGUGGUGGAUGAAGGCGCACAGCUCGUUUAGGUCCCCCUUCUUUGAAACGGAGGUGUUUUCGCUUUUGCGCUUUCCGCCUGGGCGCGAGAAAAUUACGCACGGACCGUCGCCUCCCUGGGCUCACGUUUCUUUUAGAACUUGGUUUGUUGUUUUCCUUGCAGCCGCUGCAGUCGGCCAUCCUGCGCUGUAACAUGACGCCCAAGCAGUAAAAUAUUAUUUGAAAAAAAAAAUACAAAUAAAAGCAGGCCUUAGCACACAGAAACUGGAUAUGGAGUCCAUGAAGACGAAAGCCACGGCGGGGGUCAAGGAAUUUGCGGGGAAGACCCUGGGCCAUAUGUACAGGGUGAUAGAGAGGAAACAGAAAACCGGGGAGGUGAUCGAGCUGACGGAGGAUGGGCGGCCACGGGAGGCCGCGGAGAAGAAGCCCCCGCUGUGCGACUGCAAGUGCUUCGGUUUGCCCCAACGCUACAUCAUCGCCAUCAUGAGCGGCCUGGGCUUCUGUAUCUCCUUCGGCAUCAGAUGUAACCUGGGCGUGGCCAUAGUGGGCAUGGUCAACAACAGCACCAUCCACCAGAACGGCAAGAUCAUCAUCAAAGAGAAAGCCAAGUUCAACUGGGAUCCAGAGACGGUGGGGAUGAUUCAUGGAUCUUUUUUCUGGGGCUACAUCGUGACACAAAUCCCGGGAGGCUACAUAUCCUCCAGGCUGGCAGCAAACAGGGUAUUUGGUGCAGCCAUUGUCCUCACCUCUACUCUCAACAUGUUCAUCCCCUCUGCUGCCAGAGUGCAUUAUGGGUGUGUCAUCUUUGUGAGGAUAUUACAAGGACUGGUGGAGGGAGUGACCUACCCGGCCUGUCAUGGCAUCUGGAGUAAAUGGGCUCCACCGCUGGAGAGGAGCCGUCUGGCCACCAUCUCAUUCUGUGGCUCUUAUGCUGGUGCUGUGAUAGCGAUGCCUCUGGCUGGGAUCCUGGUUCAGUACACAGGAUGGUCCUCAGUGUUCUAUGUCUAUGGAUGCUUUGGCAUCUUCUGGUACAUGUUCUGGAUCCUUGUGUCUUAUGAGAGCCCUGCUGAACAUCCGACCAUCACCGAUGAGGAACGCUGCUACAUCGAGGAGAGCAUUGGAGAGAGUGCCAAGCUAAUGGGUCCUGCAGAGAAAUUCAAGACGCCUUGGAGAAAGUUCUUCACCUCUAUGCCUGUCUAUGCAAUCAUCGUAGCCAACUUCUGCAGGAGCUGGACGUUCUACCUGCUGCUGAUCAGCCAGCCUGCGUACUUUGAGGAAGUGUUUGGCUUUGAGAUAAGCAAGGUCGGCAUACUGUCUGCCCUCCCCCACUUGGUGAUGACCAUCAUUGUGCCCAUCGGUGGCCAGCUGGCCGACUACCUGCGCAGCAAGAACAUCCUGACGACUACCACUGUCAGGAAAAUCAUGAACUGUGGAGGAUUUGGCAUGGAGGCCACAUUGCUGCUGGUGGUUGGAUAUUCCCACAGCAAAGGGGUGGCGAUCUCCUUCCUUGUGCUGGCUGUGGGUUUCAGCGGAUUUGCUAUAUCAGGCUUUAACGUCAAUCACCUGGACAUUGCUCCACGUUAUGCAAGUAUCCUGAUGGGCAUCUCUAAUGGGGUGGGGACCCUGUCUGGGAUGGUCUGCCCACUGAUUGUUGGUGCUAUGACAAAGAACAAGACUCGAGAGGAGUGGCAGUAUGUGUUCCUCAUCGCCUCCAUGGUGCAUUAUGGGGGCGUCGUCUUCUACGGGAUCUUUGCGUCGGGAGAAAAGCAACCGUGGGCCGACCCGGAGCUGACCAGCGAGGAGAAGUGCGGCUUCAUCGACGAGGACGAGCUGGCAGAAGAAACGGGCGACAUCACUCAGAGUUACGGUGCUUUCGGAGGUCCAGCUAAGACAUACGGCGCGACCACGCAGGUGAACGGAGGCUGGGCCGCCGGCUGGGAGAAGACGGAGGAGUACGUCCAGGAAGAAGCCCAGGCAGGAGGCUACGGAUACAGGCAGGAUGAGGGAUACUCCUAGACCAAACAGACACACUUUCAUUGACACAUGAGUAGACUUAUUUUCCUGAGUGUGCAUCAGUUUUAGUCAGAAAAAUGUCAACAAGCGAGAAACAAGAAAAGCUACAAUCCAUUGUCGUAUUGUUUGCACAAAUUUAAAAAACAACUAAAAAAUGAUCAACUUAAUGUAAAAAUUACUAAAAUAUAUAUAAAAAAAGUGAAAGAUAUUUGAUUAAUAGAGGUGUAACACAUAUCAAAUUGGCAGUCUGUAAAUGUAUUAUUAUGCAUAUUGAUAAUAGAUAUAUUUAUUUGGAGUGCAAUCGUGUGUAAACGUGAACAUUUUCAUGCCAUCAGCGAAGGCUUCCUGAACACAAUGAAGCCUGUAGGUUAAAAAUAGAAGCUGCCCAUCAGAACUGACCCCCUUAUCUAUUAAAUUAACAGUUACAGUACAUGCAUCCUACAAGCCAGCCAUUUCAGUGUAUAAAUAUGUCACUGCACAGCGUUGUAAACAGAAACUAGACACACCGUUGAUAUAGAUUGUACUGUAGCUCUCCUGAAUGCACUCAGACUAGCGUGUCCCUUUGAUGCACAAUAUGACUUUUUUUAAUUGUUGUUUUCUUAUCACCGGCUUCUCUGUGUGUGUAAAUCUAAACAUGUAAGUGACCUGGUGUAGAGAUUUUGACAAGUGGCAUCAUGAUUUGUGAUGAUUGUUUGGUUGCACAAAAAGUGAAAAAUGUCUUUCAAAUGUGUGUUACCCGUGAUCCCUUUUGAAACUGCGCACUUUUGGUCUUUUUUUGCUUUUACAACCCUACACAUCUCUGCAGUGCAAUGCAGGAGUAAAGCCAUUAUUUUACUCAACAUCACUGUCAAGCCACUAAGAAUCUAGUUGAACCAAUGCGUUGUUAAAAAGAUUUAUCUAAAACAAACCUAACAGAGACAUGAAAGAAUAAAGAUAUAAGAUUAAAUUUAGACUUCAUUUAUGGUCCUACGUGACCUUAAGAAGGGCUGGUGCAAUGCAGAGACUUGGAUUAACUGAAAUCAGUCUUACUAUUAUAGAGCCACAAGGCAAAUUCAGUUUAAUGAGAUGAAAACAAAGAAUAUUUAGAAUAGAUAUUUACACAAUCAAAGGGAUAAGUGUUGCUUAUUGACUCAUGGAAAUUCAUAAUCUUGCCUUUUUCCAGCUGAGUCCCCCUACUUCAAACCAGAAAAGUACCACAGGAAAAAGAAAAAGAAAUACAGAAAUAAGUCUUCAUUGUUUAAAAUGAGAAAGAGACUGAGACGACUGAGAAGGUGAUGAGUAUAAAAUAUCAAACAGCAUUAUAAAAGUUGUGAACAUUCCCAAACAAGUGUUUGAAUGUUUACAUGUAUCGAUGCUUUGCAUGAAGUUCACCAAAAUAGGAGUCACAGAGAAGAUACAGUCGGAGGAUCAGUCAUUAAUAUGUGCAAUUUGGACAAACUGGCUGUUUGUCUUUUUUUUCCAUUACAGAAUGGAGGUGAAGUGAGACAGUUUAUAAUGUAAAAACCUGCCUUUGUCUGCUAAUGAAAAGUGUUUUAUGCUCCUGAGCAGAAUCCACCGGAACCUUACGUUUUUGUCCUCAUUCUGCACUUACACUGACAAGGUCUGAAGGGGGCCAAAUUUGUUUUGUUGUUUGUCACUCGUCUGUGGAGACCUCAUGUCAGUCACUUCACCAUGUAGCUGUGUGUGGAUGUGUAUUUAUGCAUGGAACAAAGUGAAAUUUGUAGUUUGUCCUUCUUUUACAAAAAUGUUUCUUAUUCUUUUCGAUUUUUUUUGUCUUUGUCUCAGAAACUGUUACUGAUGCUUCAAUUUCUUUGCACAAUUAACCAAAGGAUGUUAAGCACAGCUGGGCUUUAGCUGGAAGCCAGAUGUUUUAAAGCAGUACGGACCAGCAGCAGCGAAGUUCCAGCAUGUUGGACCCCACAAGUGUGCAGGUGGCACCAAACAUUACUCAGUGUACAAAGCAAUAAAUCCAUAGUAACAGUUCUGGUCAAACGUCACAAACAUUCAUUCUGUAACAGUUUUUUAUGCAUUUGUUUAAAAGUCGUGUUUUUUGUGAUAACAAAUGUAGAAAAUAAACACUUGUAAAGAAAAAAAUGUAGAAGUAUAUGUAUAAAGAUAUAGUAAUAGAGUCCAACACAAACAUCUUUGACUACAAGAAAGUGCAAGGAGUUUGUGACGGGACUGCUCACCAGAUGAGAAUGAUAAAAAGAGCUCCGACCAAGCAGCGGACGCUCUUCGUCUUCUUCAUGUUUCUGUCUUUGUUUUGGUGUGGUCCGCACUGACUGUGUGCUGGUGUUUCCUCUCUCUCUCUUACACUCUCUCUCUCUGUCUAUUUCUGUCUUUCCUCAGCUUUUAGUUGGAUUAAUGUCUUUCAUUCAGUGUCUGGACCCCCGUUGCUCUACUUAACCACAUGUACCUCCUCCUUCCCCCCUUGAACAACCCUGAUCUCAUUGUCACAAUGUUCACAGAGAUUAAGGAGGAAACCUUAACAUGCGAUUCUGAAAAAUGACAAAAUGUGCAACCUGAAGUAGUAAGAAGUUUCCUGUUUUUGUGCCUCUGAAGUUAAAGUGUGAUUCUAUGGCUUCUGUUGCUGUGUAAAUUGAGAGGUUUGUCGAUGUCAAAAUGAAAUACUCUAUAUCCUUUUUUUGAUAAAAAAAGAAAAUUGUAAACUAA